AUGGCGCAUUAUUCUGGUAGUCGUCGUCCAUCAUCCUUGAUGGUACCUGGUACUCAAGAUAAUUUUGAAUUUGAACUAAUGAAACUGAUGGAACGUGAUCGUGAACGGGUUUAUCCUAAUUUAAUACAGCAUCCUGGUUCCUCACAAUCGAUGACAAACAAUGGAUUUGGAAAUAAUAUUCCUUCAACAAACAUUACCGCUUCUAAACAACCACCAAAUCGUAAAAUAACUGCCACUCCAACAAAGACAAGAGAAACACCCAUUUCAUCCAUACCACUUCCAAUUUCUUCGCCUUAUCGUCCAUUUCGAAUUGUCAUCAUUCGUCAUGCUGAACGGGCCGAUGCUGUUCUUGGUUCAGAUUGGUCAAAAAAAAGUUUCGAUCGAAAUGGGCGUUACAUUCGGUUUAGUGAACAUCUUCCAGAUGCACUACCUAAUCGUUCCUAUCUUCAUCAUUAUGUUAUUGAUGUACCGUUGACAAAUCGUGGACGAAUGCAUGCAUUUAAAACGGGAAAAGCGCUCUUUCUGAAUGGUUAUGCGGCCGAUAUUUGUUAUGUAUCGCCGUCAUUAAGAUGCGUACAAAGUGCUGAAGGCAUUUUAUCUGGGAUGGGUAGAAAAGGAGUACCAAUGCAGCUAGAACCAGGUUUAUUCGAAUGUUAUUUAAAUGAUUUUAAACGCACACUAUGUUUUAUGACCAAAGAUGAACUCGCAGCUAAUGGUUAUAAUAUCGACAUGAAAUAUCAAGCACUAAUGCCGUUUAUGCGUCCCCACGAUAGUCAGUUGGACUAUUAUGAACGGUGUCGUACCAUUAUGGAUACAAUUACGGACCGUCAUCAAAUGUCAGGUGGAACAGUUCUAAUUGUUGCUCAUGCGCCAAGUCUCGAAGGUUUAACUCGACAUUUAUCAGGUGGUAAACUUCAGCCAGAAAAAUUAUUUGAUAUAGCUCGACGAGUACCCUUUCUAGCAAUGACAAUAGUGGAAAAAAAUAUUGCCGAAGGUCAAUGGUUAUUUCGUACACAACCGUUACAAGUGGCUCCUACGCAAUCAAUGCGUGAAACCAUCGAUAGAAUUGAACUUCAAGCACCCAUUCCCUAUAAUCAAAUACCAUCUAAACAGCUGGCAGCACAACAACUUCCACCUCAACCACCAUCCGUACUCCCACCUCAAGUCUCACAACAAAUGCCUUUUGGUCAGCCACUGUUUAAUCAACAACAACAACCAAUUCCACCACAACCACCUCGAAUACCUUUGCGUGGUAAUAGUAUUGAUACAAAAGUAACAAGAAGUCUCACGGCUCCGAAUUUACGCACAAGUCAUUCUCUUAGUGAAAUGUUUCGUGUUAUUUAA